GCUAACAACUACCCUAUCUUAUCGCGCUUCACCCUUACAAUCCUAAGCAUCCCUGCAGCAGCUACUAAUUGUAAGAGGAUGUUCUUAGAGCUUAGUAAUCUAUUAGAGAUAAGACGUCUCUGCAUAAAAGCAGACCUCCUCUCUGCCCUUUAG